CUUAACAAUAACGCAACAAAACUGCUAAAGAUGCCUGCAGAGAAACGCAAAAAUGAUGAAGAUGAAAUAUAUCACAAGAAAUUGCUUAAGGACAACUCCAAUAGUUCAUCCGAAGAGAGCAUUUCGUCAAAAAGUAUUUUCGCACAAUGUUUGGUGACUGGAGCGGUGAUGCUGAGUUCUGCGAGCUGCGGAAUGCCGACGGGCUAUUCGGCAAUUUUAUUGCCGCAAUUAAAGUCGACGAACGGCACUUUACAGAUUGAUGAUAAUAUCGGAUCUUGGAUAGCAAGCGUACAUUCCGCGUCCACUCCAUUAGGAUCUCUCCUGAGUGCGGUGCUAAUGGAAAAAGUUGGAAGGAAACUAACGUUGCAAGUGUCCGCAGUUCCUCUGAUCGUCGGAUGGCUCCUAAUUGCCUUCGCUCAAAGCCACAACGCCAUCCUUCUUGGCAGACUGAUAGCAGGAAUGUCGGCAGGAUUGACUGCAGCCCCAGGACAAGUCUUAAUUGGUGAGAUUUCCGAGCCGCACGUGCGUGGCAUCUUCACGAGCGUCCCAUUUGCCAGCUACUCCUUCGGCAUCCUUCUGGUGUACGCAUUGGGAUCAUGGUUUGACUGGAGAUUAGUUGCGGGGUCCAGCACUCUACUUCCGCUCAUCGCUGCGACAUUGUUCUUUGUACUUCCUGAAAGUCCGGUCUGGCUGGUGAAGAAAAACCGAGAUGAAGAUGCGAAACGUGCGUUGGUUUGGCUGCGAGGCGGAAACAAUAUUCAGGCGAAACAAGAACUGCAGCAGCUCGUAUCACGCAUUGACAGUCAACAGAAUCCGGGCAAUAGUAAAUCGGCGUGGAAGCAGAUGCUCGAACCGCGCGUCAUAAAGCCUUUCAUCAUCCUCAACAUCUUCAACAUCAUGCAGAUCUUCUCCGGCACGUACUUGAUCGUUUUCUACGCAGUAGAUAUCCUUUCGAACAUCAGUGGAGGCGAGAUUGAUCAUUUCCUGGCUGCCGUUCUUACAGCUUGCGUUCGGUUCAUCUUCACUAUCGUUGCGAGUAUCCUACUAGCGUUUGUUGGAAGACGAACUCUAGCCUUGGCCUCUGGUAUAGGUACAGGAAUAUCCGCACUUUGUCUUGGCACGUUCCUCUAUUUUCAAGCCGACUGCUCUGGGUCCGGUUACUUUGCAGCUUUCUGCGUUUUGAUUUAUGUUGCUGCAAACACUAUUGGCUUCAUGAUUCUUCCUGGGGUUUUGCUUGGAGAAUUGUAUCCUGCGAAUAUACGCGGUUUUAUUGGUGGAUUGACUUUUACUAGUUUCAAUUUUAUACUUUUUGUGAUUACCAAAGUCUUUCCGCUCAUUAGGGAUUUGAUUGGGGUGCACGGAGUUUUCUGGGUCUUCAGUUUAUCUUCUUUCUUUGCUAGUAUAUUUUUAUAUCUGAUGCUGCCGGAAACUAAAGGCAAAACGCUGGAGGAAAUCGAAGAUUACUUUGGACAAAAGAACAUCCUCUGGGUUGUGAACAAUAAUAAAUCGUCUAAAUUACCAAACGCUUAGAUUUAAGUUAAUUAUGUGAUCAUAUUUAUAGAUUAGUCCAGUAGAUAUCUAGUUUUAAU